CUCUCUCACCAAGAAAAGUUGGUCCAAUAAAAGAUAUUACAUCACCCAUCAUGUCUCCCUAAUAUCCUGGGACCAUCACAGCUACAACAUUGCAUACAACAUUUAAAUUUGCCAGCUUGGUAGGGCAGUGAGUUCUGCUAAAUAAAGAAAAAUUUCCAAAGAAUACAAGAAGGAUCCAAGAACAAUGAUUUCCAGCCACAAUAUUGCACUGAUAAUCAAAGUAUGAUCCAUGGGCACUUGUGAUCUCCUUUCCUGGUGGUCUGCAGACUGAAAUAUUUUAUAGACAAAAGGUAGGAAAUUGGGUUUGGGAGGGGAAGUGAGUCCAUGAAAAGCUUUUUCUUAAAUAGCCUUACAAAGCAUUAAAAGCUUGAGCACCAGUUAUGUUAGGGAAUCCCUGCAGCUCCUCUCCAGGAAUGGCUUCAUUUGAAAUUACUCUGACAAGCAAUUCUAUUUUUAAAAUGUCCAGCACCACUAGAGUCUUGUCCCUGCAACCACUCGCAUGUGUCCCACUGAGGACUACUUGUGCUUGAAGUACAUAAAUGAUAGAAAGAUUAUUGGACAACUGCAGCUCUGACCUUCUGUAGUACAGCCAGCAAUGUCACCUUCUACCAGAAAGCUGUACUGACCGGGAUAUAACUGUUCUAGAGCCUUCUCGUUAAGCUAGGGUGACCAGAUGUCCUGUUUUUAUAGGGACAGUCGUCCUGUUUUUUGGGACUUUUUCUUAUAUAGGUGCCUAUUACCCCCCACCCACUGUCCUGUUUUUUCACAGUUGCUAUCUGGUCACCCUAUGUUAAGCACUCCUGUUGAAAUCUCCUUAGGGGAUAUUUAAUUAGUAAAUCCUGUUUGGUAGGUGUCUUAUCUAUGUACAUUCCAUUCACUGUGCCUGAUGAUAUCAGGAUAGAACCAGAGGAAAAGUUAUUAUGACAUCACCCAGACAAAUAGAAUAUUCUCAUCUCUUGGUGACAAGUCCAUUUGUCCCUCUGCUGUUGAGCUAACAGCCAGAGAAACUGGACCUCCAACUACACCUCUAGAACAAGGAAACUAAACAGGCUUACCCUGUGAUUCAGUUUGGAAUUGUCAGAAGUUUAUUCUUCGUGCAGAAAAACUACCAGGUUCUAAACAUGGUAGUGCAAGAAUCAUCAUCAUCAUCAUCAUCAUCAUUAGGAAGCUCAUAUGAAUCUGAAACAAACUCAGAACCUGAGCUUGAAGCUGCAGCCUCUAAAUUGGAACUCAUUAUCAGUCCUCUCACUGAAAUCCCCCCCUCAGUGAAGAACAUACUGGAGAAAAUUGAUGCUGCCCAGCUCGACAGAGCCAGGAAGGAGGUUUUUAAGCAACUGUUUGUAAUUCUGGACAACGUGAACCGGGUGUGUGACCGCUUCAAAGGGGACGAACGGAUGGACCCAGAGAUAGAAGAACAGUUUUUCCUCUCCGGCACUUGGGCUGAGAGGAAACGGCGGGCACUUCUACUGGACAAAGUAGUCAUCCUGCUCAACACCAGCACAGCUCAAGGGAAAGAUUUAAAGUUUGUUCUGGAAUCAUUAAAAGAAUGGGGUGAAAUGUUGUCAGAAGGCAAAGAACAAGUAGGAGACACCUCCACUGUCCAGUGGGUCAGUGAUAUGGAGACCAAGCUGCUGACCUCCCUUGAUUAUACAGAAGGAUGUAUAAUGCAGCUAAUCAAUCUCUGCACACCUCUUGUGGAAAACAGAAGGAAAAAGAGGGGGAAAUCAAUUGUUCCCAAAACCGGCAUGUGGAGAGCAUGGCGAGAGAAAGUUGCACAGAAACCUCACGAAGCCCAGCCCUUGAGCCCUGAACAAAUGCUAGAAGAUGAAUCUGUAACUUUCUCCAGGACGUCUGAGCUCCUUACCAUGUUACAGGAAUUUGUAGGUUCUAUACUGUUCAACAAAGCAGAAGUUGUUGUUGUUAAAUAUAUAGUGACAAUGGUGGCCAAUCUCACCAAAGCCUUCACUCUGCUAACCAAACAGUCCCGUGGCCUGCAAGCAAAGUAUGAUACCUUAGUAUCCCAGGAGUCCAGGAAGCAGGAAGUUCAGUGUGUGAACCUUCAAAAGGAAGUACAGGUGCUUAAUGAGAAAAAGGCAUCUUUGGAGGCUCGAGUCCAAAGCAUUGAACACAAAUACAAGAUGCUUUUCAUAGAAAAUGAGGCAAUACAAAAAGAACUGCACAAGAUGAAGGAAAAAGCAGCAGUAAAGAUAGAACUGUCUUUAAGAGACAUGAAAUCUGGGGCCAGGGCUUCUUAUGAAAGGAAAUCCCAGGAAGAUGAUAAACAUGUGAGUAGGGAAAAGGUUGCGAAUCUGUCAGCUGAAAAGCUGUCAUGGAAAUCCCAGGCAGAUCUUGCUAAAUCCAUCAGUGGGAAAAGGGAGGCAAAGGUACCAGAUAAAAAGCAGCUUCAGAGACCAUUGGUAGAGAAAACAGAAGAUACCAGUGACAAACAAGAUGCAAAGCUUCUAGAUAAAAAGCCAGCACUGAAAGCCUCAAUAGAGAGAGGUGAAGGCACCAAUGACAAACAGAAAGCCCUGGUAGAGAGAACUCAAGACACUGUUGUCAAAUGGGAUGCAGUCAUCCCAGUGGAAAAACAAGAAGAGACUUCAGAAGACCUGGCUGGAAGACAGCAUGAACAACCUCUGGACAGUGAGCAAACAGAGGCUGCUGACAAAUGGGAUGUGAACCUCCUGGGUGGAACCCAGGAAGUUGUUGAAGAUGUCACUGGUGAGUGGCAUAAGAUCCUACCAGAUGAAGAUGAGCUCAAGGCUGACAGUGAAGAAGAAAUUGAAAGGCUCCCAUCCCCAACAGAACUCCCAUACCAAGGGGUAUCUAGGAAAGGAAAGCAGAGGAGGAAGAAGGAAAGCCUGUACACUGAGGAGACACGUACAAUAAUGCCUCAGAGCCCUAUCAGCAGAAGCAUGCUGGACUCAUCCACUGCACUGUAUGGAUUUAAUUCAGCUAUCCUGGGUUAUCUAGAGCAGAAGAUGGAGAAGCUAUGGAAAUGUCCCUCUCCUGGGAAGAGACAAGCAGAGAGGAUGCUGCCCAAGGACCCAGAAGCCCAAAGGCUCUACAUGGCCUUGGAGAGGAAACUGGAAGAAUGCUUCUCAAAAAUGAAGAUAAGAUAUUCCAGCAGCUUAGAGGAACAGAAGCUUCCAAGGAGCCUGGAGCUGACUGAAGAGCAUGAUGAAGAGGCAAAGCCACCCUUAGAGGUUCUUCCUGGGAUCCUCAUUCCAGGGAAAGAAGUCCCUGGUUCCUCCAUCCAGUUGAAUGACCCUGACAGUCCCUUCUUGGAGUCCAAAGUUCCUGUGAUCUCACAGUGGAGACUUCCUGCAGCCCUGUUGAAGGAGCCUAAUAUCUCAGCACAUUUUCAAUUUCCCAAGCAAUGGCAGCAGCAAUGGCAGCAACAGCAGCAGGAGAAAUGGCAGGAGGAGGAACAGGAAUGGUUUAAGAAGAUACAGAAGCAGCAGCACUAUCAGGUGCAAUGGCAGUCACCACAGCCUGAGGAGCAGCUCCAGCAGCAGCUGCAAGGGGUAAAGGAGAAGGUAGAGGUGGAGCCGCUGCAGCAGGAAGAGCAUCAGUUUGAGGAGCUGCAGCCACAGCAGGAAGGGCAGAAAGAGAAGCACAAGCAGUGGAAGAAGCAGCUGGAGGAACAAGCAGAGGAGCAGAGUCUGAGGCAGCAGCAGCUGGAGCAGCAGCAGAGGCUAUAUCAGCAGUGGCAGGAAGAGCAGCAGAAAAAGCAUGAGGAGCAGCAGAGGCUGUGGCGGCAGCAGGAGGUGGAGCAGGAGGAGGUGCAGAGACUGUGGCAGCAGCAGCAGGAAGAGCGUCAGAGGCUGUGGCAGCAGCAUGAGGAGGAGCAGCAGGAGCAGCAGAAACUGUGGCAGCAGAAGGAGCAAGAGCAUGAGCAGCAGGCAAGGUACUGGCAGCAGCAGAUGGAGGAGCAUGAGGAGCAGCUGCAUCUGUGGCAGCAGGAGCAGGAAGAACAUGACCUUCACCUGAGCCAGUGGCAGCAGCAGGAGGUGAAGCAGCAGGAGCAGGAAAAGCACUGGCAGCAGCAGGUGGAGGAGCAUGAGAAGCAGCGGCAGCUGUGGCAGCAGGAGCAAGAAGAACAUGACCUUCACCUGAGCCAGUGGCAGCAGCAGGAGGUGAAGCAGCAGGAGCAGGAGAGGCUAUGGCUACAGCAGUUGCAUGAACAGCAAGAGCUGCUGCAAAAACAGAUACAGCAGGAGCAGUACCUGAUCCCAAAGUCUAAAUCAGUUCCCAGGAGCAGAGAACCUGGGACCCUGGAACACUUGACAAAACAGACCCCACUAAGGCCAAGGAGAGAUAUUGCAAAGGAAGAGGUCCUACUGUGUGAAUAUUUCAAGGCUUCUACCCAGCAAAUGGUUCCCACUCAGAGCAAAGUAUCCCUGCACUCUCAAGCUCAGUCUACUGAGGAGACUAACUGGCUCCCGACGCUGGCUCAGAAGACCAAAGGGAAGAGCUUGGUGCCCUCCAGCAUGUCAGAGAAGCGAUACUGGGUGGAUGUGGAGGCUCAGAGGGAGAACUUGGUGCUGCUGGGCCAGGCGACCCGGAAGUGCAGACUACCCCCACACCUGCACAUGCAGGCGAAGGAAGUUAUCACUGAGACCCUGCACACUGAUGUUGAGAGGCUGGCUCUCCUCUUCCACAAAUACAUCUCCUUCUGCCACCUCCAGCAUGUCAGACAAACCUUAAUGUCCAGAUUGGAAGCUGCCAGAGCUGUAAAUGAUGGUGCUGAGGUCCGGAACUUGUGUACAUAUGUGGAGAGGGUGGAUGCUUACCGGAAAAAGGUGCUACAGUGCUGGGUGGCCAAACAAAAAACAGCAGAGCAGGCACGUCGACACUGCCUUGGCAAGAUGAUUUCCUUGUUUGCCCAGCUCCGACUGAGCGCUGAACUCCACCUCAACAGCCCAUCCCCACUCGUAAUCAAAGCAAUGGAUGAAAUGAAGGAGUUCCCGUCCUCAGCCCAUGCCAGAUCCAAAUCCCUUGGCUAUCCAAGCCCCCUGGCAAGUGUGAAGAAAGUCAGAGACUUUAUGCAUCCAGCUGGAGUCAGUGAACAGGUUUGUGGCCAGAUAGAGUCAGUGUGGAGGACCGAUGUCAUCUCUCACAGUUUUCCUAUUGUUCCAAAACCCCCUGUGUCACUGGUCUGGUCCCAGGCUGGUUUCCCAGAUAUCCCUAGAUUUCUGGAACUGGAUGUGAGCUCACUUAGGAGCAAACCCCUUAAGUCUCUGCAGACACGGAGAAUCAUGGACUACUGCACUCAGGGGAGGGGGUAAAAUGGGAUCCAGUGGGAGCCACCCCUCCUCCCCGCAUCCCACUGGAUCCAGAACUGUGCAGGGGAGCCUGCCCCCCAUUCUUGGGGCACUGGGACCCAGAUGGUACCACCCCUCCCUCCAUGUGGGCCUUGGAGAAGAUAGCAGAGAGGAGCCACCAGAGACUCCAACCAGUAGGGACAGAAGCAGCCAAAGCAGGGGGAUCUUUGGUCCUGGGGACAUGUGGAGAAGUUUCUACAGUUUUGACUGGACUUCCUAUGUCCUGUGCUUCAACUCCCCUACACCUUCAGUCUCUUCGCUUCAGCUUUACUCUAGACCUGAUCCUAUUACCCUUCUCUCCCCUGCCCUGUCUCCCUCACCGCUUCCCUUUUCUUCCCGUUUAGCUGAUCCCCUCCUCAAUAAACUUCCCCGCCCCAAAACAGUGAUGGAAUUUAUAUGCCAUUUGCUGACAUCGCAUUGUUCACUCUGCAGGGGUGUUCUACCCCUUCCCUGAUCCUGUGUCUGUCUUGUCUAUUUGGACUGUAAACUCUUCAGGGCAGCAACCACCUGUUACUGUAUGUUCAUAGAGCACCUAGCACAAGGGCCCUCCCCCCUUGGAUGGCCCUUAAACAUUACCAUAAUAUACAUUAUUAAUUAUUUUUAUUUAUUAUUAACAAUAAUAUAAGAUGGCUGCAUAGAUAGAUGCAAUCCCCAUGGAAUUUUUUUUCUUAAAUUGGAGUUGUUUGUUGAAGUAAUUAAUAUAAUAUUAUUAUUAAUGUAACCUUUAAUUAAAAUACAUAAUUACAGAAUUACCAUUGAAGAAUGUAUAAAUUAGAAAGACAGGAAACGACCAACUAAGGUAACUUACAUAAGCAUAUUAUUUCCUUUACAUUUCGUACAUUUAAUUAAUAAGAUUGACUUGAGCAAGUUUACCUUACAGAUUCCGAUAACAGCUGAAACCUUCCUCCAUCAAGACAUUCUUACAAAUGCUUUCAACAUAUAGAUCACCCGUCUGUGUGUGUGUGUGUAAUUGGUGAUGUGUCUAUCUUCUGUGUGAGAGUUCAGGUUGUUAUUGGACCAUGUAAGGUGCACAUAUCAGUACUGAUAUUACUGUAAUUAAUGUAAACUAGUUAGUAAUUUCCUGUCUUCUUAGUGAUUCGGGUGUGUAAUGGUCUGUAUUGUGUCUGAGUUACAUUCAUUUCUUCAACAACCUUAGGUCUAAGUUAACAACGAUUUU